UGCUUUGAUGGCUGAUGGGGUUGUGUACACGUGCUGUGUUUGCGGUGAGAGUUUUACUCGGAAGGGAAACGUAAAGAGACAUCAGGCCUCCCACGAUAGUACUCGUAACCAUCAGUGUUCGUUGUGUCAUAAGAGUUUUACUCGUUCUGACCAUCUGAAGAGUCACGUGCGAACACACAGCGGAGAGAAAGCUUGGCGGUGUGAUGUCUGUGGAAAGUCGUUCGCCACGAGCGGCAGUCGGUCGGUUCACCAGCGAAUACACGAGGGUGCGAAGAAGUACGCGUGUUCCGAGUGUGGAGUGUGUUUCACGACCGUUUCGACGCGAAAUAGUCAUGAGAAAACUCAUCGGACUGACAAACUGUUUGCUUGUGAAGUGUGUGGAAGGCGAUUCUUGCGUCGUCGCGAUGUUACUACGCAUAUGAGGAGUCACACUAAGGCACGGCCGUAUGAAUGUGAGCUGUGCGGACAGACUUUCAGACAGAACGGUCAGUUGAACAGACAUAAGGUGGAACACAACGGAGAGGCAACACUUGAUUGUUAUUUGUGUGGAAAAAGGUAUCAUACUCGGUCUCGACUUAAUGAGCAUGUCAAAACGUGUCACAGUAAGGAAAAAAUGAUGCAAGCAUUGGGCCUAGUCGCACUGACUCAGCAUUAAUUUAAGAAAUGAAUAUUUUUUUAAAUCUAAACAGUUUUAUUAGAUGAGAUUUGCUUGUAAUGUUUGGUCACUGGACACAGACAUUCAUAAGUAUGAUAGAUUUAUGAGCAGUACAUUGUUGCUUUGCAAAUUAAAUAGAUAGUCAGUAGAUUUCACUAGCAGUAACAUGAAUAGGAAAUAUAUUGCU